GACCUAUGUACGGUUUGCGAAUGUUGGUGUACGUUAAUGCAUCGGACUAUAUGCCAACUACAGAAGCUACUGGUGUUCGUCUGACUAUCCAUGACAAAGAAGAUUUUCCAUUUCCUGACACUUUUGGAUAUUCUGCUCCGACAGGAUAUGUUUCAUCGUUUGGGCUGAGAUUGCGAAAGAUGACCCGUCUUCCUGCGCCAUAUGGAGACUGUGUCCCUGAUGGAAAGACCUCUGACUACAUCUACAAAAACUACGAAUAUUCUGUAGAGGGCUGCUAUCGCUCUUGUUUUCAACAGCUUGUACUAAAAGAAUGCAAAUGCGGGGAUCCCCGUUUCCCGGUUCCGCCCGGUGUGGCUCACUGUGAAGCUGCAGAUCCUAUUGCUCGAAAAUGCCUUGACGCACGGAUGAACGAGCUCGGCGGGCUUCACGGAUCCUUCAGAUGCAGAUGUCAACAACCCUGUCGUCAGUCGAUCUACUCCGUCACCUAUUCGCCUGCAAAAUGGCCGUCACUUUCGCUUCAAAUUCAGCUCGGCUCUUGCAAUGGGACAAACGCUGAGUGCAACAAACACUAUAAAGAGAACGGCGCCAUGGUUGAAGUGUUCUACGAGCAGCUAAACUUUGAAAUGCUUACUGAGUCCGAGGCAUACGGAUUCGUCAAUUUGCUUGCCGAUUUUGGCGGUCAACUCGGACUCUGGUGCGGUAUUUCGUUCCUAACUUGCUGCGAGUUCGUCUUUCUCUUUUUGGAGACCACAUACAUGAGUGCACAACACAACUGGGCCCUAUAUAAGAAGAAGAAAGAAGAAAAGGCAAAGAAGAAGAAGAUGUUUGAUUGA